GUACCGAAGGCAACAGUAGAGUUGAAACCAGCGUUGGCCGUACAUUGGAAUCGCAGAUUAUUACUAUAUAUACCCCGUAUAGUAAUAGUAUGUUAAAUUGUUUCUGCGCAUUGUGAAAUACAUUCCAGAACAAUAUUCUAACAGGCGGCUUUUACCCUACUACAAUAUAUUUCUCCCGAUUAUAUAACACAAACAUAGAUAAUGGUGGAAAGUAUCACGAUCAACGGCGAUAGCUAUGAAGUUAACUUCGCCAAUCUGCCGGCGGACAUCAGUUUGAAUACUUUCAUCCGAGAGCAUGCCGGACUCACGGGCACCAAAUUCAUGUGUCAGGAGGGCGGCUGCGGUGUCUGUGUUUGUGCCUUGAGUGGCAUUCAUCCGGUGACGGGCGAGCUCAGCACUUGGGCAGUUAACUCGUGCCUAACGCUGUUGAACACUUGCCUGGGCCUCGAGGUGACCACCACCGAGGGAUUGGGCAACAAGCGCAAGGGCUAUCAUGCCAUCCAGGAGCGUUUGGCGAAAAUGAAUGGCACCCAAUGCGGCUACUGCUCGCCGGGCUUCGUGAUGAACAUGUACGCCCUGCUUAAGAGCCAAGGUGGCAAGGUGACCAUGGCCGAGGUGGAGAAUUCCUUCGGCGGCAACAUCUGCCGCUGCACCGGCUAUCGCCCCAUUCUGGAUGCCAUGAAAUCCUUUGCCGUAGACAGCAAUAUUCCCGUGCCAAAGGAGUGCGCUGACAUCGAGGAUCUGAGCACGAAGCAAUGCCCCAAGACGGGACAACUUUGUGCCGGCAGCUGUAAGAAACAGAGCCAAAGGAAUGUGCAGCUGUACUCUGAUGGCAGUCGUUGGUCCUGGCCUCAGACGCUGCCUGAUCUGUUCCAGGCAUUGCAGGAUGCAGCCAAGGAGAAGUUGCCCUACAUCAUUGUGGCUGGCAACACGGCGCAUGGCAUCUACAGGCGGGAUGUAGAGAUCAAGGCGUUCAUCGAUGUUCGUGGACUGGCUGAGCUGCGAGGUCACACCGUCUCCGAUAAGGGAUUGACCUUGGGUGCCAAUCUGAGCCUCACUGAGACGAUGGCCAUUUGCCGUCAGUUGGAACAGACCAGCGGAUUUGAGUAUCUGGCCCAGGUGUGGCUGCACCUUGAUUGGAUUGCCAAUGUGCCAGUGCGCAACGCCGGCACCUUGGCUGGUAAUCUGUCCAUCAAACAUGCCCACCCCGAGUUCCCCUCGGAUGUGUUUAUUGUGCUGGAGGCUCUCGACGCCCAGGUGAUCAUCCAGGAGUCGGCGGACAAGCAGCGGACUGUCAGCUUGGCCGAGUAUCUGAAGACGCCAAUGCAGGGCAAGAUCAUUCGCGGAUUUGUGCUGCCCGCCUUGUCAAAGGAUAAAGUGCUGUUCGAUUCGUAUAAGAUCAUGCCGCGUGCUCAGAAUGCUCAUGCCUAUGUGAAUGCUGCUUUCCUCCUGGAACUGGAUGCCACAUCGAAGGUGAAGAACGCCCGCAUCUGCUUUGGUGGCAUUCGCCCGGACUUUGUGCACGCCACUGCCGUGGAGCAGCUGCUGAUCGGACGCAAUCCCUUUGAGAAUGCCUUGCUGGAGCAGGUCUUUAGCAAGCUAUCCACUCUGCUGCAGCCGGACGAGGUUCUGCCUGAUGCCUCGCCGGCCUACAGGCUUAAGUUGGCCUGCGGCUUGCUCUACAAGUUUCUGCUGAAGGGUGCCGCACAGCGGCAACAGAAACUGAACAGUCGUCACACAACUGGUGGCAACUUGCUCGCACGUCCAGUGUCCAAGGGCGAACAGAUUUUCGAGACCUUUGAGCAACACUAUCCAGUGACUAAGCCCACCGAGAAGCAUGAGGGUCUCAUCCAAUGCUCUGGCGAAGCAACCUACGCCAACGAUCUGCCCACGCAGCACAAUCAGCUGUGGGCUGCCUUUGUGACCGCCAAACGAGUCGGUGCCGUGGUCACCAAUGUGGACACAGCUCCCGCCUUGGCGCUGCCCGGUGUUGUGGCGUAUUUGGAUGCCAAGGACAUUCCUGGACCUAAUAAUCUGGGACCGCAUACCAAGGAUGACUUCUUUUUCAAGGAAGUGGAGCAACUUUUUGCCACUGGACCCAUUAGGUACUAUCAACAACCUAUUGGCAUGGUGCUGGCUACUUCCAAUGCAUUGGCUCAACGCUCCGCGGAGCUGGUGCAGAUUAGCUACGAGGGAGGCGCUGAAGAGGUGCUGCCCAACAUGAAGUAUGUGCUGGAAGCCGAAACUGCUGGUGAUCGCAUCAAGCAGCCGGUCAAGUCGAUGAUUGACAAGCUGGAGUUGCAGGAACCCUCUGAGCUGCAGGCAAGUGGCAAGCUGGACAUGGGACUGCAGUACCAUUACUUCAUGGAACCCCACACGACUGUGGUGCUGCCCUUCGAGGGUGGACUGCAGGUCUAUGCGGCCACACAAUGGAUGGAUCUCACCCAGGACAUUAUCGCCAAUGUGCUCAAGCUGAAGAGCAACGAGGUGCAGGUGAAGACACGUCGCAUUGGCGGCGGCUACGGUGGCAAAGCAUCGCGUUGCAACCUCGUCGCUGUGGCAGCUGCGUUGGCUGCCCACAAGCUCAAUCGCCCCGUGCGCUUUGUACAGUCCCUGGAAUCCAUCAUGACCACAACAGGCAAACGUUGGGCCUUCCACUGCGACUACGAUUUCUUUGUGCAACGCAGCGGUAAAAUUGUGGGCCUCAACAGUCGCUUCUACGAGGAUGCUGGCUAUCUGGAGAACGAGUCGCCACUCGGUCACACAGUGUUGUUGUCAAAGAACUGCUACGAGUUCAGUGACAACUACAAGCUCGAUGGUUUCUUGGUGCUCUCGGACUCGCCCACAAAUACUCCUGCUCGUGCUCCUGGCUCCGUUGAGGGCAUUGCCAUGAUUGAGAACAUCAUUGAACACAUUGCCUUCGAGACCGGUGUAGAUCCGGCUGAUGUGCGUUUUGCCAACAUUUUGCCAGGUCACAAAAUGGGCGACAUGAUGCCCAGGUUCUUAAAGAGCACCCUGUAUCGCGAGCGUCGCGCUGAUAUCAUUGCCCACAACAAGGAGCAUCGCUGGCGCAAGCGCGGACUGGGUCUCUGCAUCAUGGAGUACCAGAUUGGCUACUUUGGACAGUAUCCGGCCACGGUGGCGAUCUACCACAGCGACGGCACUGUUGUUGUCUCCCAUGGAGGCAUUGAAAUGGGUCAAGGCAUGAACACCAAGAUCGCUCAGGUAGUGGCCCACACGCUAGGCAUUCCACUGGAACAGGUGCGCAUUGAGGCCAGCGAUACCAUCAACGGGGCCAACUCCAUGGUCACCGGUGGCGCUGUUGGCAGCGAGACACUUUGCUUUGCCGUUCGCAAGGCUUGCAACACAUUGAACUCCCGUCUGGAGCCACUUAAGGAGGAGUUGAAGCCAGCUGACUGGCAAUCACUCAUCAAUGCUGCGUAUGAUCGCAAGAUCAACUUGAUAGCCAGUGAUCAGUGCAAACAGGGCGACAUGGAACCCUAUUCGGUGUGUGGCCUGUGCCUCAUCGAGGUGGAGCUGGAUGUGCUUACUGGCAACUACCUGGUGAAUCGUGCCGACAUUCUUGAAGACACUGGCGAGAGUCUGAAUCCCAAUGUGGAUAUUGGACAGAUCGAAGGAGCCUUCAUGAUGGGUCUGGGCUACUGGACAUCUGAGCAAAUCGUUGUGGAUAAACAGACUGGCGAAUGCCUGACGAAUCGCACCUGGAACUACAAGCCUCCAGGUGCCAAGGAUAUUCCCAUUGAUUUGCGCAUCGAGUUGCUGCCUAAGAGUCCCAACAAGGCGGGCUUCAUGAGGUCGAAAGCCACUGGUGAACCUGCAAUUUGUCUGUCCAUCGCUGUUGCCUUUGCCUUGCAGCAGGCGCUGCAAUCUGCUCGAGACGAUGCUGGUUUGGCCAAGUCCUGGGUCACGCUCAAUGCGCCCAUGACACCAGAGUUGCUCGUGCUGCACGCUGGCACCCAGCCUGGUCAGCUGACGCUCAACUAAGCUCGGCUAAUGCCAAAGCCAAAGCCUCUUGCCUCGUCCUGACCCCCAGAAAGCGAACAGAGCGAAGACAGCGCGUGAGAAAACGGCACGUGGCCACAAAAGCGCCGAUGGCUGUGCGGCGAUAAGAAGAAAGAAGCAUACUUAAGUAUGCUCCACACUCCAUUCCAUUCCACUCUACUCUAUAUAGUAGAAUAUAUUGUAGUACGUAUAACCAACCAACUAGACACACACCUUGUUGUUUUUUGUCUUUUUUUCUGGCGCAAUAAAUUAGAAACUUAUCCAAGGCAAA